AUGAGGGUGACUGGUCUGGCGCGAUCGCAGCUGCGCAAUGUCGCGUUGCGUAGCUGCAACACUGCCUCCCGCAGGACAUUCGCCUCCUCGGUCCUCCCUACCAUCAGAGCGCAGAACCACGACAGAAUAGCACCGCGUUUGCAGCAAUGGCAGAGUCGACGAUGGGCAUCUGCCGCUGCUGCAAUUCAGGAGACAGCCGCCCACGAUCCCACAUCCCUCUCCCAGGACGCCAUCAUCGAGAACCUCGAUCCAGUGGAAGCAGCGCGAUUAGACAAAGUCCGCAACAUUGGUAUUGCAGCACAUAUUGAUUCUGGCAAGACGACAGCGACGGAGCGUGUGCUGUUUUAUACUGGACGAAUCAAGGAUAUCCACGAAGUACGAGGAAGAGAUGCAGUCGGCGCAAAGAUGGAUAGUAUGGACCUUGAAAGAGAGAAAGGUAUCACAAUUCAGUCUGCUGCGACUUUCUGUGACUGGAUCAAGAAGACGCCGGAUCCCGUUACUGGAGAGCUGAAAGAUGCGAAGUACCACAUCAACUUGAUCGAUACACCCGGCCACAUUGACUUCACGAUCGAAGUGGAAAGAGCAUUGCGAGUGUUGGAUGGAGCAUGCAUGAUCUUGUGUGCUGUCAGUGGUGUGCAGAGUCAGACUGUCACGGUGGAUCGUCAGAUGAAGAGAUACAAUGUCCCUAGAAUAUCUUUCGUGAACAAGAUGGACAGAGCUGGAGCAAACCCGUGGAAGGCAGUGGACGGCAUCAACCAGAAGCUGAAGAUUGCCGCUGCUGCUGUGCAGGUGCCCAUCGGGGUGGAGGACGGCUUCAAGGGUGUUGUGGAUCUCAUCAGGAUGAAGGCUAUCUACUCGGAAGGCUACAAGGGCGAGACAGUGAGAGAAGAUGAGGUUCCGGCAGAUGUCGAGGCAUUUGCAAAGGAGAAGAGACAGACGAUGAUUGAGACUCUGGCGGAUGUGGAUGAGGAUAUGGCGGAUAUCGUUCUGGACGAGCGGGAACCUUCGGUCGAUGAGAUCAAGGGUGCUAUUCGACGAGCGACCAUUGGCUUGAAGUUUACGCCAGUGCUGAUGGGCUCAGCUUUGGCAGACAAGUCUGUCCAGCCUAUGCUUGAUGCUGUAGUCGAUUACCUGCCCAACCCAUCCGAAGUCGAGAACUUGGCCCUGGACCGCAAGCGCGACGAAGCUCAAGUGAAGCUGGUCUCGUACAACUCGCUACCAUUCGUCGGUCUGGCCUUCAAGUUGGAGGAGUCCAACUUCGGUCAGCUCACCUACAUUCGAGUGUACCAGGGAUCACUCCGCAAGGGUCAAAACGUCUACAAUGCCCGAACUGGUCAGAAGGUCAAGAUUCCUCGUAUCGUGCGCAUGCACUCCAACGAGAUGGAGGAAGUAUCCGAGAUCGGUGCUGGCGAAAUCUGCGCUGUGUUUGGCGUUGACUGCGCUUCUGGAGACACAUUCGCAGAUGGUGGACUUGGCUACUCCAUGACCUCCAUGUUCGUCCCCGACCCUGUCAUCUCACUUUCAAUCAAGCCGAAGAACACCAAGGAUACCGCCAACUUCAGCAAAGCCAUCUCUCGAUUCCAGCGUGAGGACCCAACCUUCCGUGUCCAUGUCGACAUCGAGUCUGGUGAAUCCAUCAUCUCCGGUAUGGGUGAGCUCCACCUAGACAUCUACGUCGAGCGCAUGAAGCGCGAGUACAAGGUCGAAGUCGUCACUGGUCAACCACAGGUCGCCUACCGCGAGACAAUCCAGAACCACGUCACCUUCGACCACCUCCUCAAAAAGCAAACCGGUGGUUCCGGCGACUACGCCCGUGUCGUCGGCUACCUCGAGCCCACGGGCAACCUUGGCGACAACAAAUUCGAACAACGCAUCAUCGGCGGCACAAUCAGCGAGAAAUACCUCUUCGCCUGCGACAAAGGCUUCCAAGAAUCCUGCCGCUCCGGUCCCCUCCUCGGCCACCGCGUCCUCGGCACAUCCAUGGUCAUCGAAGACGGCGCCACCCACAUGACCGACUCCUCCGAACUGGCUUUCAAGAACGCAACCCAACAAGCCUUCCGCAUGGCCUUCCAAAAAGCCGCCCCGCAGGUCCUCGAGCCCCUCAUGAAAACCGUCAUCACAGCGCCGAACGAGUUCCAGGGUAACAUUGUCGGUCUCCUCAAUAAACGCAACGCCACUAUCAACGACACCGAAAUCGGCCCCGACGAGUUUACUCUCACAGCCGAUUGCUCAUUGAACAGCAUGUUCGGCUUCUCGUCCCAGCUGCGCGCGGCGAGUCAGGGGAAGGGCGAGUUUAGUAUGGAGUUUAGCCAUUAUUCCCCUGCGCCGCCGCAGCUGCAGAAGGAGCUGGUGGCGAAGUAUGAGAAGGAACGAGCGGAGAAGAAUAAGAAGUAG